AUGAGUGCACAGCAGUUCACGAAUUUAUUGGUGGAGUAUAUUAAGACCAGGGCCAUUGGAGCCGAUGAGGAAGAUGGUAACAGUGAUUUCAGCCAUAAAAUUUGGGGGGACAUAAAAAGCUUGUUCGACGUACUGAAGCAGAAUCAUAACACUAAGGACAAGACUCAUGCGUCACUGUGUACAGCGGUAUACACAGGUAGUCAAAGUAGCGUAGGCGCACACAGGUUGCUGUGCCAGCGAGUUAUGCAUAUUUUUCUAUUUAUGGAUGGAAUAGAUUAUAUAAGUCCGGGGAAGUGGACAAAGAGAUAUAAAUUUAAGACUGAGCCGCGGCUCGAAGAAUAUCUUAGAUGUAUGCUCGGGAAUGUCGCUCUAUUACAGCUGUACGGGGAGAAGUGUGAACACAUGGCAGUUGUACGAACGGUAUCCAACAGUAUGGAUACGUUAAGGGAAGCGUUUCGCCAAGUGGAUAUUAGUAAAAAAUGCGCAGGUCUGAAUUAUCGUAGUAUGAAGAUUGGUACUAAACUUAUAGGGUUGACCAUGGGACGAUGGAUGGAAGAACUAAGGGCAGGGCGGCAUGUAGGAAGUAUAAAAAGCAGCAAAGAAGUAAGAACAUGUAACCAAGGCAAGGGAAUGAAAACAAAAGAGGCUAAUGCAGCCGGAGUUCGGCAGCACGACACUAUGCCAAUUGUAGACAUGAUGGAGGAUGGUACUAAGGACGCAGUAAAGACAUUAAUUGAGAAAGGAAAGGACCUGACGCAUGAAGUGAAGAAAAAAAUAAUUGAAACAGUGAAAGAUAGCACCAAUCCGGAGAAAAUGAUGGAGGACAUAUUAGACACCGUGCGAAACUGUAGUGCUAAGGGUGACGCAUACGUACAAAGCGCAUUAGAGCAGGUGCAACCAUCUGUCAACCCAGUCGCGGCCAACCCAGCACCUACAGCAUCGUCGGCCACCACCAAGGCGGCAAUACCGAAGGAACCGACAGGUAAGGACCGAUGGGGAGAAAGCACCAACACGGCCCAACACGCUACAGUAUGGAGUGACAUAGAAAGCAUAUUCCAGCAGUUAGGUAAGAACCUGAUGCAAAGAAACGACUUCAAUAAAGGAAUAUGCGAAGGUAUUUACAGUGCGGACGGAACCAAAGUGACGCCACAGAAAAUGAUAUGUACGCAAAUUGUGAACAUUUUUCUUUUUAUGGACGGGAUAGAUCGUAAUGGGGAAGUCUGGAGCAGAGCAAAGGACAACGAACAACAGUGGAAAUUUCAGAAGUAUAUAAGGUGUAUUAUGGGCAAUGUGGCCUUAACUGAAUUAUUUUGGGAAGACUGCGAGAAGAGGGGCAUAGUGGACGCAGUCGCACGGAAUAUGGACACGUGGAGACAAGCGCUGAAGUAUAAGGAUAAUAGUAGGUGGUGCCAUGAAUUAGAGUAUAAUAAAUUAAUAGUAGGCACAAAAUAUGUGGGGCUAACCAUGGCAGAAUGGAUAAGAACUUGGCAUCAGCGAACUAGACCGGGAAAGCUGGCAGGAGGCCCGGACAGGCCGAAAUGUAGCGCGCUGAAUAUUAAGGAACACACAAGCGGAACACAUGGGAACAUAUUAGAACCGGAACCUAUUGUUAGGAUGUUCCGGGACGGACAGGCCGCGGCCAUACACAACUUGGUGAAGUACGUGCAGGAUUUAGAAGAAGAAGAAAGGAAGAAGCUGAUGGAUAGGCUUGGGCAGGAACGACCGCACAACGGAUUAGACGCAAUAAUACAGAACAUCGAGGCCCAGGUUGGCACCAAGGACCCCACAUUCCAGCAGCCACCGUCCGAACCGAAGGCACCCACACCACCAGAGCACCCUACACCGGUCGCACCGGGAGCCGCGGCAACAAGACCACCGGGACAGACAGGGAGGGACAAGGAGAAGAAGAAAGAAGCUCCGCCGCCUAAAGUUCCAGCAGCGUCACCACCGAAGAAACCAGACGUACCGCCACCAGUUAAGGUACCAGAGGUACCAAGGGAGGUUGUUACCGAGAACAACGUACCAGUACCAACAACUUCACCGGAAGCACAGGCACCAGCCGUAGGACCCGGAGGAAGGUCAGAUCCCUCAACAUCAGAGUCACUCCCACCACCACAACCCCCGGUAUCACCACCACCAGCAGAAGGAUCUGAGAAAGCAGGUAAGGAUAAGUCCAAACCAACAUGCCCUGCAGCAGGCGGAUCCCACACGAGACAUGUAGGGGAAGGUAUCUUAAGCGUGUCUGUCUCGUUCGUCCCUUCUUCGGACCCCAAGGAUUGCUCAGGUAGUAAUAGUCCAGAGCCUCCGGCGUGUAGUACCCCACUCGACAGCAAAGUGCACCAAUGGGGUCCAUAUGCUAUUGUCGAUCAAGAUGUUACUCCGGUUACACAACGUACGAACCAGGAAGGAUCAGGGGUGCAACCUGGGCAGGAACCAGUGCCAGCUUCAUCUGGACCCGGUUCUACUGGUGACCAACACCCCGGUUCCUCCGGUCCAGGUUCUGCGGGGACAGGAGCAACUGGGACUCAGGGUACCGGUUCUUCUCCUUCCGGUGGCCCAGGUACACAGGACAAUAACCAAGGUCCGAUUAGUCUUCCUCCCUCCCCGAAACCCUUCGACCCCAAGGAUCUCAUGCGCUACACCCCCGCGAUCAUUCCCGCAGUGGUUGGUAUUGGGAUAAUUGCGUUCUUCCUAUGGAAGUAUUUUGCGCACCUCGGAACAAAACGACGACGAACAUAUCGAACUAUGCGUGACGUGCCGUCACGGCCACUCGACGAAGAAAUAUUGCAGCAUCUACAACGCGGCGAACUGCCGCCCGAUUACGGGUACACCUUGAUUAGGGAUAGGCGGCCCGCAUCUGCUGCCGAACACCGACGACGACGUCAUCCACGCGUGCAUAAGCGCACGAUCAUCGAGCUACAUCUAGAAGUGCUCCACGAAUGUGAAGCAACCGAAUGGGAAAGCGUCAAACACGACUAUUUGCAGAUACUCGUGCAGGAGUUUGCGCAGGAGUUUGCGCGUGACUUGGAGCCCGAUGCAACCGGGCACAGUAGUUCCCCGCAUGCUGCUACGCCAAACGAGGGUUUAUCACGGAACAAUGUUUCCUCCACCCUGGAUCCACCCACUGACACCGAAGGAACAGAUCCAUGUCCACCACAUGACCCCGAUCCAUGGAGUUGUAUGGAAACCAUACAGUUAGAACCGCACACUUCUGCACCUAACGACGAUAACCACGAUCCAUGGAGUUGUAUGAAAAACAUACAGUUAGCAACGGACCCUUCUGCUUCUAACGAACAGGACCCCGAUCCCUCGAGUUGUAUGGAAACUAUACAGUUAGAUGCACCACAGAGUCGUACUCAUUCCGACCACGGUGACGAGACGUUGGCGUGCACCCACUGGAUUAACUGGAUUGACCGGCACAAGCACCUAUUGCAGGACUGCACGACGCAGCCGUGGUUUCUGCAAUUAACAGCGGAAUGGAAACAAUACCUGAGUGAGCACAUGGUGGCAAACGCGGCUCACGGAGUAUACGUGCAGCGUGCCUUCGGUGAAGUGGCAACCAUGGAAAGGAACAAACUGGAUGCAUGGAAAGAAUGGGUUGCAACACAACAUGAGCUUCUGAAUAUACAUGGUGAGGAGGAGUGGUUUCAACACCUAUGGAGUAAUAUCGAGGAGACCGGAGUAGUAACAGAGCACGACGGCAUGCCGGAACAGAUACGAAUGUUGGAAGGAGUGAGUCACAUACACACAGUAGAUGAAAAACCGACCACAUUUGUAACAGAACACGGGCCAACUGUAGAAAAAGGUUUACAAGUACAAGAAGCACUGGACGGCGGAUCAGCUUUGAAAGUGCGACAUGUACCACGGCCCCAACCACUGCAUAAGCAACCUUACAUGAAAAAACCGUUAACCGCUACAAUAUGGAUACUGAUCCUGGCAUUAGUCAUAGAACAGUGCGAGGUCGAACGCAAUUUGCAAGAGACGGAGUUAUAUGUGGAUGAACUAUUGGACAACAUCUGCAAUUAA